CUUGCACCAGCAGGAAUGGAUGCUUGUGGUUUAUGAACAAAUUAAUUAGCUGAUAGCGACACUCUGGUUGAUGGUGAUGUGUUAAAUGAAAAAUGAUGGUAUGCAGAUUGCAAAACGAUGAAAAUAAGGGAUGCCUGAAACUGAAACCAUCCUUUUGCCGAACGCCUAAGCAAGUGAAUGGUGGUUGGAUCCGGUGGUUUCUCUGCUGCACGGAGCUGAAAAGGACAGUGUACACAACUGAUGGUGGAUGGAUCGGACGCCUAAGAGGAAUGGCGACGGCGACGGACGACAAGGACGCUUCUCUGUCGCUCGCGCCUUCCGGCGUCCAUCUUCUCCGAUGCGUGUACGUCCAUGCAUUUGUGUGCAUUACAUUGUCCUACUAGCUUUCCUCCUCUAUUGUCGUUGUUGUCAUGCCAAACCAUGCGUGUGUGUGUGUGUGUCUGAAACUCUCAAGAUAAGAUGCUUGGCAGACAAGCGUCCGAGCUGGGUGUGCCAUCUUGCUUGUGUUCCUCUUUAGCUUCUUUUUCUUCUAGCUCAUGUGUAAUGCUACGUCAACAACGACCUUCCUUCUCUCGUCUUCAGUUUUUUCCUUGCACGUUGGACUAACUCUCCUGCUAGCUACCACAUAUAUAUUGUGCAUUGUCCACCGAUCUAUAUCCGCAUCGAUCCAUCCACCGAGAAGGAAGCUAAGGAAGAAACCAAUCAAGCAACAAGCACUUGUGUUGUAGAGAAGAAGCGAGCAACAAUGGCGGAGGCACCUGCAGCGGCGACUGGGAACAGUAGUAACAAUCAUAAGAUCAAGACGGUGGUGGUGGUGGUGCAGGAGAACCGCUCCUUCGACCACAUGCUGGGGUGGAUGAAGACGCUGAACCCGGACAUCGACGGCGUGACGGGCGUCGAGACCAACCACGUGGACGCCUCCGACCCGACCUCCCGCGCCGUCCGCUUCAGCGACGGCGCCGAGUACGUGGACCCGGACCCGGGCCACUCCAUGCAGGCCAUCUACGAGCAGGUGUACGGGACCCCCUUCGUCGACGCCGCCACAACGCCCAUCACCCCGCCGGGCGUCCCGGCUGCGCCGCCCAUGUCCGGCUUCGCGCAGCAGGCGGAGAAGGAGAAGCCCGGCAUGUCCGGCACCGUCAUGAGCGGGUUCCGCCCCGACGCCGUGCCCGUGUACCGCGAGCUGGUGAAGGAGUUCGCCGUGUGCGACCGGUGGUUCGCGUCGAACCCGGCGUCGACGCAGCCCAACCGGCUGUUCGUGCACUCCGCCACCUCCCACGGGCUCGUCAGCAACGACACCAAGGCGCUCGUGGCGGGGCUCCCGCAGCGGACCAUCUUCGACGCGCUCCACGACGAGGGCUUCUCCUUCGGCAUCUACUACCAGUACCCGCCGUCGACGCUCUUCUACCGGAACCUCCGGCAGCUCAAGUACGUCGGCAGCUUCCACGCCUUCGACCUCGACUUCCGGCGACACUGCCGGGAGGGGAAGCUGCCCAACUACGUCGUCGUGGAGCAGCGCUACUUCGACCUGGAGAUCCUCCCGGGGAACGACGACCAUCCGUCCCACGACGUCGCCGAGGGCCAGCGGUUCAUCAAGGAGGUGUACGAGGCGCUGCGGUCGGGGCCGCAGUGGGAGGAGACGCUCCUCGUCGUCACCUACGACGAGCACGGCGGGUUCUACGACCACGUGCCCACGCCCGCCGGCGCCGGCGUCGUGCCCAGCCCCGACGGCAUCGUCAGCGCCUCGCCUUUCUUCUUCGGCUUCGACCGCCUCGGCGUCCGCGUCCCGGCGCUGCUCGUGUCGCCGUGGAUCGAGCCCGGGACCGUGCUGCACGGGCCGUCGGGGCCAUACCCGACGUCGGAGUUCGAGCACUCCUCCAUCCCGGCCACCGUCAAGAAGCUCUUCAACCUCAGGAGCUUCCUCACCAAGCGCGACGCCUGGGCCGGCACCUUCGACUGCGUCCUCACGCGCGACACGCCGCGCACCGACUGCCCACGUACCCUGCCUGAGCCGGUGAAGCUGCGGCGGACGGUGGCGGCGGAGCAUGCCCCGCUGUCGGAGUUCCAGGAGGAGCUGGUGCAGCUCGCCGCGGUGCUCAACGGCGACCACACCAAGGACUCGUACCCGCACAAGCUCGUGGAGGGCAUGACGGUGGCGGAGGCAGCCAGGUACUGCGUCGACGCCUUCAAGGCCUUCCGGGACGAGUGCGAAAAAUGCAAGAAGCGCGGCGAGGACGGCUCCCACAUCCCCACGGUGAAGCCGUCGGCGUCGGGGAAGGACAAGGACAAGAGCAAGAGCAAGAGCAAGAGCAGCUUCGUUUCCAAGGCGCUGCUGGCUUGCCUCCCCUGUGCCCGUCCCUCCUCAUGACCUCUCUCAUGGCUGAUGACUGAUGAUGCGUAAGGGGUUCCUGUGUUGUUCUUGCGGUUGCAGGGGAAUAGGGAAGGAGCAAUCUACAGUACAGCAUAGCCUGAUUGAUAAAGUUCGAAUGCUUCUGAAUUUUACAAUGUGAUACCUAAGUUGUGUAGAUUGAAUUGUGGUUAUAUGAUUUGUACUCCCUUUUAUUGAUGAAUAUUCUGAUGCACGGUCAAUUGAGUGGAUAUGAAAAGAGAAACAUGACAUUUUAUUGUUCACCUAAACAGCCAUUUAGCCCACUUGUAAACGCUACAAAGCGGUAUUGCCAUUUCCGUUUAAUUGACUGUAUCUUGCCUAUUUGGCCGUUUAUCAUGUUUAACA